UAUGAUGAUAUGGUUAACAGCUGGGGGUGGUCUCUUGAAGACAGUGACUACUACGGUAAGGGAGAGGCUGAGUUUAGACACUGGCAGAGCGGUGCACCUGAUAACAUUGCGGAACAACCCUGUGUGGUCAUUAAAAAUGGGAUGUGGAAAAAUCAGGAUUGCAAGCUGGAACAUUCCUUCAUCUGCUGCACCGGUGAGAAAAAUAACAGUCCGAGAUUUAUCUUAGUAGAUGAAACAAAAAAAAGCUGGGGUGAAGCUCAGAACUACUGCAGAAAUCGCUACCGAGACCUGGCCAGUGUGAGGAACCAGGCUGAGAACCAGGAGAUUGAGACCUUGGUUGGUGAUAGUGACGUGUGGAUUGGCCUGUUUAGCGACUCCUGGAAGUGGUCAGAUGGCAGUGGUUCCUCAUUUAGGCACUGGAAGUUGGGAGAACCCAAUAACAAUGACAGUAAACCUCAAUGUGGUGGAGCAGUGUUCAAGGAAGGAAACACGGUUUCAGACGAAUGGACAGAUUGGCCCUGUGAUAAUACUUGGCAACCCUUUGUUUGCUACAGCAUUCCUCCAGUGAAGACGACACAGAAGGUGGUGCGAGUGAGACUGACCCCGAAUGACCAAAACAUGGACAUGAAUGAUCCUGUCGUACAGGAGGCCAUCUUACAGCAAAUAAAGAAGGAGCUGAGGGAGAAGGGGAUGUCUGAUGACGUCAAACUGAGAUGGAAGGAGCAACCGGAUGGGAAGAUCUUCCACAAAUAAGAAAAGGGGGUUCCCAAAAGAUGGAGAGAGAACCAGUUAUGACAAAAAGAGGAUUGUAAAUGUUAUUAUAUUUCUUGAUUCGUAGGAAAACUCUCCUCCUAUUUUUUUUUAUUUGACCUUUAUUUAACCAGGCAAGUCAGUUAAGAACGUAUUCUUAUUUUCAAUGACGGCCUGGGAACAGUGGGUUAACUGCCUGUUCAGGGGCAGAACGACAGAUUUGUACCUUGUCAGCUCGGGGGUUUGAACUCGCAACCUUCCGGUUACUAGUCCAACGCUCUAACCACUAGGUUACGCUGCCACCCCCUAUAUAUUAUUUUAGCUGAUUUUGAGUUAUAUAUCAUAUUUUACAUUCACACAUUAAGAUUGUUACUAUCCUUAAUUAAUUAAAUGAUUUAAAAUGAUUCAUUAUUUUGUGAACAUCUAUGUAUUCCUAGAGCAGGGAUCAUCAACUAGAUUCAGCCACGUGCCGAUUUUGUUCUUGAGCAGAUGGUCAGGGGGCCGGAACAUCAUUUCAAAUCAUUUGUAGACAGCAAAUCGACCAUUAAGUCCAAACAGACUUUGAAAUGCAUCUCAAUAUUAGGAAGGUGUUUUUAAUGUUUUGUGCACUCGAUGUAUAUCUUUCUAUUUGCGUUAGAAUACUUUAGCACAGAUUCCCCAAGUUAAAAUCACUUGGAGCUGAUUUGCUGGUGUUUUUAGUCUUUUAUGUCCAACAACAACAACAACAACAAAUUCGUCCUUUGGGCCACCAGUUGGGGAACCCUGUCCUAGAGUAUGUAUUACAUUACAUAUAUUAUAUCACUGUAUAUGCUGUUGCGAUCAUGAACAAUUAACAGGCAGAUAGGGAAAAAGGGGGUGGAGAAAAGGGGGAAGAAGAGAACGAAGAGAAAGACAGAGAUCUAACUCCAAAUGAUGUCGGAUCAUAUAAGUGACUUAUAACCUUUUGGCUUUAGAUAUCAUCGGACAUUUUGUAUGAAAUAUCAUUUGAGUGUGUAUUAUAAACGUGUGUUAAGAUAUCUCGACUUUCUUUUGUGGGGAGAUUAUUCAUUUGAUUUGAUUGACAAUUUAAAAACACGAAUAGAAUUAAUUUCAAAUCAUUGAGAAUAAAAAUGUACAUAGUGUAAAAACCUAUUUCCAUUUUGGUCCUCUUGUUUUAUUUAAUUAUAAUCAUGACAUUACGUU